AUCGAUGGCAGUGUCUCGUGGUCGAACGCAGGCGGGGAUGUCGUUCUGAUCGCGGGUAGAUCGAAAGCUUGCAGUAUCGAAGGUCUGCGAAACGUGUCGUGGGCCCGAGGCCGGGGGAGGAUCGAGGUAGCCAGUGCGGAAGCCGUGGUGAAG